CCCCACAAAGACCACACUGUUGACAGCGUUGGGUUCCAGUAGCAGUAAACUACCAAUGGGCUGGUUUCUAGAAAAUGAGUUUGCUCUGUGAUGUAAUACAAGUUUGCUUUGUCCUGACGCCAGCAUGACACUGAGGCAGCAGGGGAGGGAGAAGAGGAAAAUUGGAACUGGGCUCUCGGUUAAUGGAUUCCAGAGCUCAUUUAGCAGGACUUGAGUGGAGGGACGGAAGGGGGGAUAUUGGGGACACUUGCUGCGAGGUCUGCCGUAAUUGCGGGCAGCUGUCUGCUUCAGAAAGUGAGGGCUCCACACACAAGGAGAAUCUUCAAGAGCUGCCUCGCAGUGUGACAUGUCUGAUCCCUUGCUCCCAUCCCUGCAGCAUGAACAAGGUGGACGCUCACUGACCCGUCACGAGGUUGCCCCACAAAGCUUUGGGGUCCAUGACUGAAUGGAUUGCUGUGGCCUUCUCGUCUCUCCCUUUGCCCAGUUCCCUGCAUCCUAAGACUCAAGGCCAGCACAGGACCUGGAAAAAUUAUAUGGUGUGAACGGCAUGUCUGUGGAUGAGAAGCCUGACUCCCCCAUGUAUGUGUAUGAGUCCACAGUCCACUGCACCAACAUCCUCCUGGGCCUCAAUGACCAGCGGAAAAAGGAUAUUCUCUGUGACGUGACUUUGAUCGUGGAGAGGAAGGAGUUCCGGGCCCACCGGGCUGUGCUGGCUGCAUGCAGUGAAUACUUCUGGCAGGCGCUGGUCGGACAGACGAAAAAUGACUUGGUGGUCAGCUUGCCUGAGGAGGUCACGGCCAGGGGCUUUGGGCCGCUGCUGCAGUUCGCCUACACCGCCAAGCUGUUGCUCAGCAGAGAGAACAUCCGUGAGGUCAUCCGCUGCGCCGAGUUCCUGCGCAUGCACAACCUGGAGGAUUCCUGCUUCAGCUUCCUGCAGACCCAGCUUCUGAACAGCGACGAUGGCCUGUUUGUGUGCCGCAAGGAUGCUGCGUGCCAGCGCCCGCACGAGGACCGAGACAACUCCGCGGGAGAGGAGGAGGAGGACGACGAGGAGACGAUGGAGUCGGAGACAGCCAAGAUGGCUUGCCCCGGGGACCAGAUGCUUCCAGAACCCAUCAGCUUUGAGGCCGCCGCCAUCCCGGUGACCGAGAAGGAAGAAGCCCUGCUGCCCGAGCCCGACGUGCCCACGGACGCCAAGCAGAGCUCAGAGAAGGACGCGCGGACGCAGUACCCCAGAUACAAGAAAUACCAGCUUGCAUGUACCAAGAAUGUCUACAAUGCGUCAUCACACAGCACCUCAGGUUUUGCAAGCACCUUCAGCGAAGAGAACUCGGGCAGCAGCCUCAAGCCAGGACUGGCCAUGGGGCAGAUUAAAAGCGAGCCUCCCAGCGAAGAGAACGAGGAAGAGAGCAUCUCGCUCUGCCUGUCUGGAGAGGAGCCUGACGCCAAGGACAGAGGGGCAGACGUAGAGAUGGACCGGAAACAGCCCAGCCCCGCCCCUGCCCCCGCCGCCCCGGCCGGGGCCGUCUGCCUGGACAGGUCCAGAAGCGUGUCCUCGCCCUCCUGCUUAAGGUCCCUGUUCAGCAUCACAAAAAGUGUGGAGUUGCCUGGCCUGCCCAGCACCUCUCAGCCGCACUUUGCCAGGAGUCCGGCGUGCCCUUCGGACAAGGGGAUCACUCAGGGUGACCUUAAAACUGACUAUGCCCCUUUCGCAGGGAAUUACGGACAGCCCCACGUGGGCCAGAGGGACGUGUCCAGCUUCGCCAUGGGGUCGCCCCUCAGGGGGCCUGGGCUGGAAACGGUGUGUAAACAGGAGGGCGAGCUGGACCGGAGGAGUGUGAUCUUCUCCUCCAGUGCUUGUGACCAGGGGGGCGCCUCGGUGCACGCGUACUCCGGGGUGAGCAGUUUGGACAAAGACCUCUCAGAACCGGCACCAAAGGGUCUGUGGGUGGGCGCCGGCCCGUCCCUGCCCAGCUCCCAGGCCUAUUCCCACAGUGGGCUGAUGGCUGACCACCUGCCAGGAAGGAUGCGGCCCAACACCAGCUGCCCGGUGCCAAUCAAAGUCUGCCCUCGCUCGCCGCCCUUGGAGACCAGGACGAGGACUUCCAGCUCUUGCUCUUCCUACUCCUACGCAGAGGACGGGAGCGGAGGCUCACCCUGCAGCCUCCCUCUCUGUGAGUUCUCUUCCUCGCCCUGUUCCCAGGGAGCCCGAUUCCUGGCCACGGAGCAUCAGGACCCAGGCCUGAUGGGAGAUGGAAUGUACAGCCAAGUCCGGCCCCAAAUUAAAUGUGAGCAGUCGUACGGCACCAACUCCAGCGACGAAUCCGGAUCGUUCUCGGAAGCAGACAGUGAGUCGUGUCCUGUACAGGACAGGGGCCAGGAGGUCAAACUUCCUUUUCCCGUAGACCAGAUCACAGAUCUACCAAGGAACGAUUUCCAGAUGAUGAUUAAGAUGCACAAGCUAACCUCAGAACAGCUCGAGUUCAUUCACGACGUCCGGCGGCGCAGCAAGAACCGCAUCGCGGCCCAGCGCUGCCGCAAGAGGAAGCUGGACUGUAUUCAGAACCUAGAAUGUGAAAUCCGCAAAUUGGUGUGUGAGAAAGAGAAACUGCUGUCGGAGAGGAAUCAGCUGAAAGCGUGCAUGGGAGAGCUGUUGGACAACUUCUCCUGCCUCUCCCAGGAAGUCUGCCGAGACAUCCAGAGCCCUGAGCAGAUCCAGGCCUUGCAUCGGUACUGCCCCGUCCUCAGACCCAUGGAUCUCCCCACAGCCUCCAGUAUUAGCCCCGCGCCCUUGGCUGUGGAGCCGAACCUGGCGGCCUCCCAGUGCGCGGCGGGGGAAAGCGCAGCCUGCUGCUUGGAGCCGGGGGCGGCUCCCCCCGGCCCCCCCUGGGCACCCAGCAACGCCACCUCCGAGAACUGUACCCCCGGGAGGAGGCUGGAAGGCACCGACGCGGGAAUCUUCUCCGAGAGAGGACCUCCGCUGGAAGCCAGGAGCCAAACGGUGACCGUGGACUUCUGCCAGGAAAUGACUGAUAAGUGCACGACGGACGAGCAGCCCAGGAAAGAUUACACCUAGUGGCUGUGAGCCGCCUCUCCCAUCCGGUCCUCCCGCCGGCCGUGGCGCUGCUUGCCUGUUGCCCCGAAGAAACCAAGCUCAAGUCUGGUGCACACUACAGCGGUCUUAGCAGCAAUACUGUUCCGAAGUAUUCCUCCUCUUUCCAAACAAGAGCGAUAGAUAGUUACCUUCACAAUGGUGCUACCCCUUGCUCAGGCAAGGAAGACGGCGGUGGCGACACCGUCUGUCUGGGGCUCAAUUUCAGUCUUCACAGGGAUAGACUAUAACACCUCUGGGACCCAACCGCGGAUUUUUUUUCUCAGUGGCCCAUGUCACAAACCCUAUCUCAGGAAUUUCUUCUGAAUGUUCAAUUUUUUUCAUUGAAGACAGCUUCUAUACACAUCAAAGUUUUAUAGCUAGACUGUACAUAUUAUAUAUAAUAUAUAAAAUAUAUAUAUAUAUCUCCAUAUGCAAAAGUCCUGCAUGCCUCAAUUUUCUCAUCUGAAAACUGGAAGCUUCAUUUCUCAUGCACACGUUCCGACAUUCCUCUUCUUUUGUCUCUGACGCUAGAACUCGUUUGGUAACUGUUAACAUGGUCAUUUUUCUUGCUUCACAGUUCAAUUCCAAUUUGUACUUAUUUAUGGACAGAAUUCAAUGUUGGAAGCUUUUUUCCAAGGCUUUAUUUCAGACCUUUUUCUCGUUCGGUUUGGUUUGGGCACCACCACAUGUGGUGUGCUUUGAGCAUCGUGGGUUUGUUUUUGUUUUGUUUUGUUUUUCCUUGCAGAUACUGUACAGUAAUGGUCAGCUUUGCCACUUGCACUGAGUUUUGAGUCAGCCCUAUUUUCUUAAAUGAAGUUGAAACUUCAGUAUAACUCAAGUAUACUGUAUACUCUUUGCUUUUAGUUAAAAAGUAAAAACAUUUUAGCUAAUUAAAAAAGCACUCAGGUGAUAAUGAUGUAGGAAAAACAAUCUUGCCAAAUAAUGAAUUCAUCCUAGGAUGUGUAGACAAUACUCUGCUUGAAUAUUUUUCUAUUUCACCUCCUCCCCACCUUUCCCUAAGCAAGGUUUAAAUGCAGAUCUAGAGAGUUCAGAGUUGCUGCUGGAUGUUCAGAUUCCUAAGUGGGGAGAGAGUUUGGACAUCUCACUUAAAAGUACAUCGAAACAGCAGGAAUCCGUGAUCCUACCCCAGAACGCAGCGGGCAGCGGCUCCUAGACAUCCCAUUAGAACUGUCUCCUCACCCAGGGAGCCGGGCCCAUCACAUCAGCACGCCCCCAGGCCUCGGCCUGCUCUCGGAAGUGUCGUGUGUGGGACCUUCUCCUCUGAAGGACUUGGCGACCAGCCACCCGUUUUCCUGCCCAGCCUCCCAGGACAUCUCGCCU